GUGCGCUCACUCACCCCUCUAUAUAAUCACGGCUUUCCCACCCCCAACACCUCACAGCACCACACAGCACAACCCCCUCUGCUCUCUCCUCUCGCCUCUCCUCGAUUCCCCCACCAUGUUCACUCUCAUCCCCGGCAUCCCAGCGCACCGCACCCCAGCCAGGGCCCGCGGGCUCGCCCUGACCACAACGGCGACCCUCGCCCUGAGCCCGAGCCGGCAGUGCGAGCGAGACGCCCUCAGGGCGCUCAACGCUCGCAUGCCGGGCUACCUGAGCAGGGCCCGGCACCUCGGCGGCGCGAACGAAGCCCUGGGGGCGCAGCUCAGGGCCCUGGGGGCAGGAGGAGCCGGGGUCACAGGAAGCCCGGGCACAGAGGCUGCGCUCUGGGACGCCUUUGGGAGCGUGGGGAGAGCGGCGAGCGAGGCUGCGAGCCUCCGCGUGGCUCUGGGAGAUUCGUGUGCCCUGGGAAACGAGCUCGUGGCCAGGUGUGAAUUCGCUGCGGGAGUCGGGCACCAGAUGAGCAGUGACAUUGGGCGCAUGGUGCAGGAGCUGAUCGAGGCUGGGUUCGUGCGGGAGGCUAUGCAUCAGCAGUUGGAGUCGCGUGCGGAGGAGCUCAAUGAGUUGAACAGGCGGAGCCAGGAGCUGGAGCGAUCCCUGAAGCUGGACGAGCGGGGGGGUCCCGGGGUCGCUCCGCCCUGCGGGCUGCAGGUCGUGCAGGGCCCCGGGGGGGGGGCCUCUCUGCCCGAGGCUCUGGCCACCCUCAGGGCCCAGUACACGGGGGUCACGGCUCGGUUCCAGGACGAGAUGCGAGACGCGUUCUCAUCGCAGUUCGGCUCCCCCACGGGGCUAGAGAACGUAGCCGCAGGGCAGGUGGCGGGGACGUCCGGACGGGAGACGGAGUCGAAGCUGAUGGAGGGGUCCGUGGUGCAGCUGAGCGCUCAGCUGCAGAGCGAGAGGAGCCGGCACCAGCAGCUAUCCAGGGCCCUGGAGGAGACGGAGGGGAGGACGCGGGCAGCCCUGGAGGCCCUGGGGGCCCGCGCCGGCACCCUGCGGGAGGAGAUGGAGGGGGCGAGGUCGGGGCUGGCGCGGCAGGCGGCGGCUCGCGCCCACGUGGCGGAGGCGCGGGGGGCCCUGCGGGAAGAGAUCGCGGCCUACAGGCGGCUCGUGCACGAGGCCGGGGACGGCGGCCACUCACGAGGGAUCGCCGUCUCUGCAAAGUGCGGCGGUGCCCUCCCCAUUGCUCGCCCCCUUCCCCAACGAAGUGUACGGGUCCCAGGAACUCUGGGGGUCCCCGUGGGAGCCAAGGGUGGCCCCCCUCUGCGAGCCGUUACCGCAAACGCCCAGAACGGGGCCCACGGAGGAGACGUCACGAGGGCCCGUGAGGAGGGGGAGGAGGGGGCGGGUGCCACGGUGAGGGCCCCGCUUCUGGCGGGGCCAGCGAAGGGGGCCCUGGGGGGCGGGAAGGUGCUGAGUGUGGGACCUCAGGAGGUCAGAGGGGAGGUCUUUCAAGAGGAUGAUGUCAUUUGGGAGAAAGGUCAAAAGGUCAAUAGUGAGGAAGGACAGUUUAAUGGUGAGGAGCUCCAGAAGGUCAGUAGUGAGGACCUUCAGAAGGCCGAUGGUGAGGAGCUUCAGAAGGCCGAUGGUGAGGUGCUUCAGAAGGCCGAUGGUGAGGUGCUUCAGAAGGCCGAUGGUGAGGUGCUUCAGAAAGCCGAUGAUGAGGUGCUUCAGAAGGCCGAUGGUGAGGACCUUCAGAAGGCCGAUGGUGAGGACCUUCAGAAGGCCGAUGGUGAGGUGUUUCAGAAAGCCAAUGAUGAGGAGCUUCAGAAGGCCGAUGAUGAGGUGCUUCAGAAGGCCGAUGAUGAGGAGCUUCAGAAGGCCGAUGGUGAGGACCUUCAGAAGGCCGAUGAUGAGGUGCUUCAGAAGGCCGAUGAUGAGGAGCUUCAGAAGGCCGAUGGUGAGGUGCUUCAGAAGGCCGAUGAUGAGGAGCUUCAGAAGGCCGAUGGUGAGAUGUUUCAGAAGGCCAAUGAUGAGGAGCUUCAGAAGGCCGAUGAUGAGGUGCUUCAGAAGGCCGAUGAUGAGGAGCUUCAGAAGGCCAAUGGUGAGGAGCUUCAGAAGGCCGAUGGUGAGGACCUUCAGAAGGCCGAUGAUGAGGAGCUUCAGAAGGCCGAUGAUGAGGAGCUUCAGAAGGCCGAUGGUGAAGACCUUCAGAAGGUCGAUGAUGAGGUGCUUCAGAAGGCUGAUGAUGAGGACCUUCAGAAGGCCGAUGAUGAGGACCUUCAGAAGGCCGAUGAUGAGGAGCUUCAGAAGGCCGAUGAUGAGGAGCUUCAGGUGAAUAGUGAGGCACUUCAGAAGGUCGCCAGUGAAGGCCCACAAGGUCAGGUCAACAGCGAGGCCCCACGAGAACAUCAGGUCAACGGCAAUGGCCCUACGGGAGUGUUUGGCGAGGACCCUCAGGGUGGCAGUGAGGUGAGCGGUGAGCAAUCUCUGGAGGUGCGUGGUGAGGUUGAUGAUGGUCACUCGCAGGCCGGCGAGGCUACCGGUGAUGGCCCACGGGAUGGCGCUGAGAUCCUCGGUGAGGAGUCCCGGGUUGUCGGCGAGGGACCACUCGCCGGUAACGGCCCUGCCGGUGACGCCAGGGCCAGGGCAGGCCCGGAACCGCCCCUUGCCGAGGGCCCGGCCCUGCCAGGGCCCCUUCAGGAGGAGGAGCAGGGGGAGGCCCGGGAUGACCAGUGAGCCUGAGGGCGAGGGGACCCCCGUUCGGGACCCUCAGCAGGGUGAGGGGGCCCCAUAGGCAGAGGGACGUCAUGGGAACCGCCGCUGGAGGAAAGGGAUUAGGAGGAUAAGGAGGAGGAUAAGGAGGAUGAGGAAGAAUCAGAGACUCGUAUCGACUGAUCUGCAGUGGUGGUGCUGGAGCGGUGUUCUUCACUAAAUUU